UUUUAAAUUCGCUUUUUGACAAAAGCUUGAACAGUUUUAUGGAACGAAUGUUUCAAUGAACGUUCUCAACAAAAAGUGUUGGCGAGCGUCAUAACGCUUUGCAUUGAUUGAAAUGCGAUACUAUUUAUUAAUAGAUGCCUUAUUAGAUAAAGUCAUUUGCGGCGAGCGGCAAACCUCAAAAAAAAAUAAAGCACUUUUACCGAGCAUAUAUAGCUUAGCCUUUUGUAAACCAAAGAGGAUAAACGGGAAAGUGAGUAUAAUCAAAGGUCAUUAUUUUUUCAUUUGACCUUACGGGAAAAGGAACACCCUCCGACCCUAAAGUCCCUUAGAUUAUUGGAACGUAAAAAAACAUCCGGUCAAGAAUUACAAUUUGUUGUAGUUCAUCUCAAGUCACGAUUUGAAAAAUCGCUGGCAAAAACAACAAAACAGGAAACUCAAUCACGCUUAAUAUGUUGACAAGCAGCGGAGGAAAUUUAAGAGUUGGUCAGCAAAACAGACAUUAUUUCUUUUCAACGUAUUUCAGCGACUUCGGGCUGACGGUGAAAGAGCGAGGAGAGCCACAAGAACGAGAUACGUGCGAGAGGCGCGCGUGGAAGAACGCGUGGCGGGGCGAAAGGGUUGCACUAGUUUACUGGCGAGUCCCAUGGAAAAAUGCCAAAGGAGAACGAAUGCGAGGAGAAUUGCCACACCUACCUUACGGGCACUUUCACCAAGUGAAUUUCUUUGGUCGACCGCUGUCCAAGAUACACGGCCCAAUUUACUACAUCUGGCAUUGUCUGACACCAGUUGUGAUCUUAGCUGACGCAGAUGCCAUUCGCUCGUUCUAUACCGACCACUACUCGCACCAGCGCGACCGAGAUUUCACCUGCCUCGGCACCGUUUUCAAAGACAUUUUAGGAAAUUGCUUGGCAACCAGCCACGGGCGUGACGAGGUGAGACGAUGCCGCGGCCCUUUCGAGAAAUACUUCUCUUCCAGUGCUGUUUCGGCCACUCUGCGUACGAUUGGACGAGAGUGCACCACAUUCCUAAAUUCCUUACCAGUUGGUAGGCCGGUGGAUCUUCAAAAGGAGGGUCUUGCCAACGUCACACUUCGUGUACUUGUGCAAGUCGUCUACGGAGAAGAAGUCCUACAAAAAUAUUUCCAACGUAUCAUGGAGGUCAGUGAUUUGCUUCAGGAUGCCGUCAAUCAGUUUAAUGUGGGUGAAACCAGGCUGCCAUUCUACUCCUAUGUUCCGAGUAAGGUGAACAAGACGGCUCAGGCCUUCAACGAAGCAUGGGAGGCGUUUAACCUUUUCUUGUUUGAAGAAUACGAGGAGGGACGACUCAGGUCUAAUGAUGGAUUAUUCUUUAUCAUGAUGGAACAACUGAAGACUCACGCACUCGACUUGGGAGAGCAAGAGCUAUUUCAUUCUGUGAAUGAAAUCCUGCUCUUGAAUAUUGACGUCAGCUUCGCUGCCACUUCGUUUGCCUUGGCCGAUCUUGCUCGUUACACUUCCGUUCAAGAAAUAGUUCAACAGGAAGUAGACGAUAUAUUAUUAGGGGCUGACCCGAGUUCAUCUGAAGACCUGGAUAACAAGCUACCUUAUAUGGAGAUGGUUCUGAAAGAAAGUGCCCGGAUGAACCCAGCAUUGGCGCUUAGUCUCCCUGAGAGAACAGUGAAACCUGUCACUGAUAUUGGAGGUUAUCAAAUUCCAAAAGGGACUCCCGUUUGCGUGGAUACCCAGUCACUGAACUUUUCCGAGAAGUAUUGGAGAAACCCUGACAAAUUCGACCCCAGUCGCUUCGCGAACGGCGCAAGACCAGUGCCAGGCUCUCUCUUCCGCUUUGGUAUGGGUCCAAGGAAAUGCUUGGGUUAUCGGUAUGCCCUGGCAAUCACCCGAAUAGUUGUUGCUUCUGUUUUACAGAGGUACAAUCUCCAACUUGCCAAUCCUGACGCUGCAAGGCGUGUGAAGACCAAAGGAAUGACUUUCUUCACACCUUUUCUUUGUCCAGAGAUAAUAUUCAACGAGAGACUUAAAAACAAUGCUUGAACUUUAAAGUUGAGUUCAGCUCACGGACGGUCAGAUUUCUUCCCCGAGUUAUUUUGAUUUUCCUGAUAGUCUGUCAAAUAUUCUUGAAUAUUCUUCUCAUUAAAGAGGAAAAUGAAAAAUAAAAGUUUAAAGAACCA